GAUGGCAGCCUGUACGAGCCGUACGACCACGUCAACAUCAGGAUACGCGUUCCUCGUGAAGCGAUGGCAAAUUUUGUUGCGUGGGAUCUCGAACGUGAACACGGUGAUCUAGGACUUGACAGCUCAGCUCGAAAACCCCCUCUAUCGCCUUUGGGCGAAAAGCUGCUGUCCAACCAGGCUUCAAGACCCAUCCAGACGCUUGUGGACGAUGUCACGGCGUACUCGUAUGAAAACAUCGGGAUAGCAAGGGCAAGGUUGGAUCUCGUCCAUGAGAUGGAAUCAGUUGAUAGUCUUCAAGCGAGGAAAGACCAACUUCCGGCAACUAUCGUUGCUUUGUUCGACUUGGGGCUCAGGCGUAUUGAGGAACAAAUCGAGAGUCAGCGGGACAUUGCGCUGAGAGCAAUUGCUGCUGUCGCGCGAUAUGACAAUGGAGAGUCGAUCGAAGACCUGCUAGACCAGUUGCGAGGGCCUGAGAACCCCACUCUGCGGAGUGGUGAAGAGAUCGUGGAAGCGACCAGAGGGUGGCUUGUUGAUUCGAUGAAAGAUGGCCCCCAGAGAUUGAUGGUCUACAACACUAAUUUCAUGUAUUACGUGGAGCAACGAUACCACCGAGCGAUUCAUCACACCUCGAUACAGAUCGAG